AUGUUAGCAUGUCCAUCGAAAAUUAUGAAUUAUACACGAUUAUUGGUUCUUUCAAAUAGAACCACUUUCAAUUAUACACGCUAUCAAUAUAUAUAUCGUGCAGUAUCCGCACGUUCUGUACUGUUAUUUGAAUUUUAUCAGGAACCCAGUUAUUGGUGUCUAGAUGAUAUUUCUGUCACGAAGUUGAAUACCACUGUAAAUUUAAUAAUCAAUGGUGGAUUUGAAACAGGAGAACUCUCACCAUUUUUAUAUUGUACCAGAUCGAUUACGCAAUCAUCUGGAACAGUUUAUCGCGGUUAUGCUUACACUGGUAUUUUCAGUUACCGUGAUGGUAGUACUAUUACUGGUAAUUACAUAUGGCAAGAAUUCACAACUAUUCCGUAUGAACAAUAUUUGAUCACAUUUUCACUGAAAAAUCUCGGUCCAGCACCCAAUGCUGCUUAUGUCACUAUUGCUUCAUUAAACAAAACAGGGCAAGCAACGAGUGCUCCAACAACUACUGUACGACAGACUACAAAUCUAACAACUACGACUUAUCGCACUAAUGUAUCAACUACCAUUCCAUUGUGUCCUAAUCCACCGCUAAUUGCUAAUAGAACAGUAACAUUACUCUCACGUGUAAAUUCAUCAGCAUUUAAUUAUACAUAUUUUCGAUAUACAUAUCGCGCAAUAUCGAAUCUUACGACUUUAACAUUUGCCUUCUACAAUGCGCCAAGUUAUUGGUGUUUAGAUGAUAUAUCUGUUAUUAAAAUAAACGAUACUGUUAACUUAAUCAAUAAUGGUGGAUUUGAAACAGGUUCAACAUCUUACUAUUCAGUAUGUGAUCCAUUCAGUGCGAAUCCAGCGGGCUAUGUUUCUAGAGAAUGUCCACAUUCAGGUUUAUAUAGUUUUUAUGAUGGUAGUUAUUUACCUGGUGAUUACUUAAGUCAAACAUUUACAACUAAUAUUGAAAAAGAUUAUGAAAUUAGUUUUUGGCUACGUAAUUUAGGAUCAAUACCGAAUUCGAUUAAAGUUACUGUUACCGGAAAUGUUAUUUCUUCUUAUUCAACAAUAAAUCAGACUACGAAUCCAGCAACGACAACUCUUUCAACAACACCAAUUACUGUAACCCAAUGUCCAUCAUUACCAAAAAAUUCAACAACAGUAUUACUCCCUAUUGAAAACUCAUCUUCGUUUAAUUAUACAUAUUUUUCAUUCAUUUAUCAUGCCACAUCGAAUCGCACUCUACUAUCAUUUGCAUUUCGACAGGAACCUUCUUAUUGGUGUUUAGAUGAUAUUUCUGUUAAAUUGAAUAAUACUAAUUCGAAUAUAUUGAUCAAUGGUGACUUCGAAACGGGUGUACUUACUGGAUACUCUGUUUGUAAUCAGAAUUCGAGUACAUUCUCUGGUGGUAUUGCAAAUAUUCGAUGUGCCCGUAGGGGACAAUAUGGUUUUUAUGAUGGUAGCUAUGCUAGUUUUGAUUAUCUCUGGCAAGUAUUAACAACAAUUCCAGACAAGUAUUAUGAAAUUAGUUUUUGGUUGCUUAAUUUGGGUUUACCACCGAAUUCAUUCAAGGCUACUAUUGGACCAUACAUUAUGUCAAGCGUAUCAACAACAACCACUAAAGCAACGACAACACGCCUUACUACUACAACUCCAUCUACAAUUCAAUCAUGUCCACCAUCGUUUCAAAAUACUACACGUUUACUUUCGAUUGUCAAUGCAGGCUCAUUUAAUUACACUCGUUAUUCUUAUACCUAUGUUGCAAAAUUUUCUCGCACUACACUGAUAUUUGCUUUUUCACAUGAGCCGGCAUGGUGGUGUCUCGAUGAUAUUUCAGUACAAUUGAACAACUCAGGCGAAUAUAUUGUUGAUGGAAGCUUUGAAUCGGGUUUUCUUUCAUCUUAUUCACUAUGUAACCCAUCGAGUUCAUCAUCUACUGGUGAAAUAUAUACAGAAUGUUUACAUACGGGUAGCUACAGUUAUAUUGAUGGUAGUUAUCCAAAACCGGAUUAUUUAAGUCAAACAUUUUCAACACAACCACAAAAUGUAUACAAAAUUAGUUUUUGGCUUCGCAAUUUAGGUUCAACACCGAAUUCGAUGAAUGUUACAAUUUAUUGA